AUGAAACCCAAACCUUAAAUUGAAACUAAUAAUAAUACAUUUGAUUUAUUAACUAAGACAACUCAAAAUCUAAAAACAUAUAAAUUAGAUAUCAUCAAUUCUCUUAGGAGUCAUAAUUCAAACACUAAUACUAAUAAAAAUAUUUUAAGCAAAGAUUUCAUUAAAUCAAAGUAUGAUACUCUUUAUAAAAAGAAGUAAUUGAAAAAUAUAGAAAUUACUAAUAAUAUACAAAAUUACAAUCAUACACUUAAUACUACUAAUUAAUUCUCUUAAUAAUCCUUGUUACUUAAUCAACUUGUCACUAAAGUUACUCCAAACCUUCAAUUAAAUGAUUUCUAAUAAUCUAAACAAUCUUCUAUUGAUUUUAGACCUUCAACAUCUCACAAUAAGUAAUCAUCCUCAAUUUAACAUUAAAGAUAAUAAUCAAUUCGAUCUAAAGAUUAAAACUACAAAAGAAUAUAUAAUGGAAUGUUGCUAAAACCAAAGAAAGCAAACUCAUAUUAAGUUACUCCAGUUCAUUCUCGGCAAUCAUCAUUAUAAUUAUCAAAAUCUAUAUCAAAUCGAGAAUUAAAAUAUUUUGAAAGUAUUAAAUUAAAUAAAGAAAAUGUCCAUUCUUAGUAUUACUUAGGAAAAAUCAAGUAAGUUUUCACUCAACCAUUACCAAAUGAUUAUUUUAGUUCUUUAUAUAGAGAACAUUAUUUUUAGACCUAUUAAGGAAUAUAUAUAGCAUCACAUUUAAGAGCAGCAGAUCCAAAUGAUAUUAAAAAGAAAGCAGUUUAAUUGAAAUAAAAAGAUAAAUACAAAGGUAUUAAAAUACAUAUAUUUAAUUUCUAGAUAAAAUAUCUUUAAUUUUUGAUUUAGAUGAAACAUUAGUACAUUGUAAUGAAUCAUUAUAAUAAAAAUCUGAUAUAGUUUUGAAUAUAAAAGUCAGUCCUCAUGAAAUAGUAAAAGCUGGAAUAAAUAUACGUCCAGGAGCUAUAGAAUUAUUAGAAUCUUUAGUUGAUGACUUUGAAAUUAUUAUUUUCACUGCCUCACAUUAAUGUUAUGCUAAAUAAGUAUUAGAUUAUAUAGAUCCAGAAAAUAAAUUAAUUUCACAUAAAUUAUUUAGAGAUAGUUGUAUUAUGACUACUGGUGGUAUGUAUACAAAAGAUUUGAGAAUUUUUGAUAGACCUCUAAAUUAACUAGUUUUGAUUGAUAAUGCAUCUUAUAGUUAUGCUUGGUAAAUAGAUAAUGGAAUACCUAUCGUUCCUUUUUAUGAUAAUAAAGAUGAUAGAGAACUUUGGGGUUUAUAAACUUAUUUAAUUGGAAUGCUUGGAGUUUCAGAUGUUAGAGAAUACAAUAGGUAGUUAUUUAACAAUAAUUUAGAAAUAAAUUAAAAUUAAAUUAAUUCUUAGAUUCAUAAGGUCCUGCCAGUGUUUUUGAAUAGCUUUUUUAAUAAAAAAUUGAAAUAUGA